ACACUGUCAGUGUCACACGAAAGAAUAGCAUCAGCUUGUGCAAGCAGCAGUAGUGUGUUGUGUAUAAAACUAUUAACUGUUUUUAUUUUGGGAAUUAAUCAAAUUCAGUACAUUAACUAAGAUGCUAGAAGUAACUUGUAAUGACCGUCUUGGGAAGAAAGUGAGAGUUAAAUGCAAUCCCGAUGAUACCGUUGGAGAUCUUAAAAAGUUAAUCGCAGCACAAACGGGUACAAGAUAUGACAAAAUUGUCUUGAAGAAGUGGUACACUGUAUUUAAGGACCACAUCAAAUUAUCUGAUUAUGAAAUCCAUGAUGGAAUGAAUCUAGAGUUAUAUUAUCAAUAGACACUGGGAUGGCAGACAUAAUAAUUUAAAUGUAAUGUUAAUUUUACUACUUUAAUAAAUAUAAGGAUACUAAAA